AAGUUGCAGCAGUAAGAACUGUUUGUGCUUCAUGUGUGUCUCAGCACUAUCAGCAUCAAGGGGAGCUUGUACCAUGGCCUGUAUCUGCAGGUGUCUUCUCUUAAUGCUUCUGGGCUUGAACUGGCCAAGUCUGGGCAGCCUCACUGUGCAAGCAGCUCGGGUCAGGAAGCACUAUAUUGUGGCUCAGGUCACUAACUGGAACUACAGUGCCCAGCCUGCGGAGCAAUCCAGAUUACCACAUUCAGACCCUCCUUUUCAGAAAAUUGUCUACAGAGAGUAUGAAGCAGAUUUCACAACUGAAAAACCAACAAAUGUUUUAUCAGGUCUUCUGGGACCAACAUUACGUGCUGAAGUAGGAGAUACACUAGUAGUUCAUUUUAAGAACCUGGCAAACAAACCACUGAGCAUUCACCCACAAGGCAUAGAAUACAACAAACAGUCAGAAGGUUCCUCAUAUUCUGACAGGACAUCACCUAUAGAAAGACUGGAUGAUGCUGUGCCUUCAGGCCAGGAGUACACAUACAUGUGGGAGAUCACGGCAGAAAGUGGACCUAAAAAGGCAGAUCCUCCCUGUCUCACCUAUGCCUACUACUCACAUGUAAACAUGGUGCAGGACUUUAAUUCUGGCCUUAUUGGUGCCUUGCUCAUUUGUAAAGAAGGAAGCUUAAAUGAAGAUGGGACACAGAAAUCAUUUGACAGAGAAUAUGUGUUGAUGUUUGCUGUGUUUGAUGAAAGCAAAAGCUGGCAAAAAGUGAACUCCCUCAUGUACACAAUUAAUGGUUACGCUAAUGGAACGCUGCCAGAUGUACAGGCCUGUCGUUUUGAUCACAUCAGUUGGCAUUUGAUAGGGAUGAGCUCUGCACCAGAGAUCUUCUCCAUCCAUUUCAAUGGACAAACCCUGGAGCAAAACCACUACAGAGUCUCAACAGUGAACCUUGUUGGAGGUGCAUCAGCAACAGCAAACAUGUCCGUGAGCCAGACGGGAAAGUGGCUAAUAUCUUCUCUAGUCCAGAAGCAUUGGCAAGCUGGAAUGCAUGGUUACCUCAACAUAGAAGACUGUGGAAACCCUGACAGAUUAACAAGGAAAUUAUCCUAUAAAGAAAUGCGGAUGAUUAAUACUUGGAAUUACUUCAUUGCUGCAGAAGAAAUAAUCUGGGACUAUGCUCCAGAAACUUCUGAGAGCAUUGAUAGUCAAUAUAAAGGUCAGCAUCUGGAUAACCUUUCCAAUCUUAUUGGCAAGAAGUAUAAAAAGGCUGUCUUCAGGGCAUAUCAAGAUGCCAGCUUCAGCAACCUCAUAGAAACUGAUCGCCCCAAAGAACGUGGAAUUCUGGGCCCUGUUAUCAGAGCUGAGGUCAGAGAUAAAAUAAACAUCACAUUUAAAAAUAUGGCCAGUCGACCCUACAGUAUUUAUAUACAUGGAGUAACACUUCCAAAGAAGGCAGAAGGUGCUGUUUAUCCUUCCGAUUCUAAAGAAAACAGCACUCAAGGUAGAGCAGUCCAGCCAGGAGAAACAUUCACAUAUAUGUGGACUGUGCGUGACACUGAUGAACCCACAGCACAGGAUUCUCAGUGUGUCACCAGAUUAUAUCACAGUGCUGUGGAUGUGACAAGGGAUAUCGCUUCAGGACUGAUUGGACCUCUUCUGAUUUGUAAACGCAGGUCACUCAACAAGAAGGGGAUACAGAAUAAGGCUGAUGUUGAACAGCAUGCAGUCUUUGCAGUGUUUGAUGAGAACAAGAGUUGGUACUUAGAGGACAAUAUCAGAGAGUACUGUCGUAAUCCUUCUGCUGUUAAGAGAGAUGACCCCAAAUUCUACAAGUCUAACGUCAUGCACACUCUCAAUGGCUACGUCUCUGAAAGAAAAGAGAUCUUGGGAUUUUGCCAACAUGAGAUUGUUGAAUGGCACCUCAACAGUGUAGGCACACAGGAUGAGAUAGUGCCUGUAUAUCUUUCUGGUCACACUUUUCUGAGCAGAGGAAAACAUCAAGAUGUUUUAAAUCUUUUCCCCAUGAGUGGUGAAUCAACUACUGUAACCAUGGACAAUAUUGGAACCUGGCUUCUAGCAUCCUGGGACUCUCAUGAGAUGAGCCAUGGCAUGAGAUUGAAGUUUAGAGAUGUCAAAUGUGAUAAUGAUUACUCAGAUGUUGGUGAUGAUAAUUACUAUGAUGAUGUAAAUUAUGAUUUUGCCAGCACUCGCUCUGAGAAACCUCCUAAAAUGGAGUCAGCAAAAGUAGAGAGGGAGAAAGAAGAAACAGGCACAGACGUCUAUGAUGAUGAUCAAGAAAGCUUGGGAGGAGAAGGUGCAAAUGGUGGGAAAGGUAUUUCAGAAGAGGAUAUGGAUUACCAAGCAUCUUUAGCUUCAGAGCUGGGACUUCGAACAUUUAAAGGGCCAGUUGCUGAAGAAGAGGAACUAAAUCUCACUGCUCUCAUUAUGCAAGAUACUUACAACAUCAGCUCUGUGAGUGACAAUAAUGUAACAGAGAACUCCGAUCUGGUGUUCACAAAUACAACUGAUAUUGUGCAUGGAAUUAAAGUGUUGGAAACUCAAACCACCACUUCUUACCCCAAUUAUACAUCUUUGACAGAAGAGAUUUUAAUUUCAGGCAUUACUACAGCAGCUAGUACCUUGUCAUCUGAACAACAACAAAGUGACCAUGAAGGAAGUGCUAAUCAUAUCUCAGAUAUUUACAGCCAAACACUUGAGGAUGACUCUUUGACAACUCAUGGGGGAGUCUGGAGUAAAGAAAGAGAAGAAUUACUGUUUGAUGGAGAGGAUGUCAUUUUUACAGUUCCUGAUUCGGAGAGAGAGCAAGAAGAAAGUGCAGGUGGAGAAGAUACUUUGGAGGAAAAGCAUGAAAAACACGUUGUAUCAGAGGCAGUACUGCAUGCCCUUAUAGUAAUGCGUGCCCUGCUAUUUCAUGUACAGCAAAAGAGAAACCAAUCUGCUUUAGGCAACAUAACUUCAGAUCUUGCGUUUCUUUCCUUUCCUAGUGCAGUAAACAUCUCCAGCUUAGAUAGUGACUAUUUGAACUAUUAUGAGGAAGUCAACAAGGAAGCAAAUACUACAUUUUCUAUGCUUUUGACUAAUUUAACUUUGACUGCAGGAGAGACAGCAGGAAACAGUGGAUUUGAACUAGAGUUGUCAGAUGUUCAGAAACAAGGCAAUUUGAAUUUCAGUAGUGUUUUGGACAUCUUAGUUUCUAUUCUCUUUCCAAAGAUAGACAAAAAGAGGCUGAAAAAUUCACUUCACAAGGGACAGAAGUGUCCCUCUAAAAAGGCAUGGAAUGAAUGGAAUUUUGUUUCUGAGAAGGAGAAUUAUGGCAUAGGAGCAGAUCUCACUCAGGCUGUUGACAAUAAGUUACAGAACAACUCCAGCAAUACCACAAUGAAUCCUGAAAAUAUCAAAUUCUCUAGUAAGAAAAAGCAGGAGACAUAUAAAGGUGAUUCUCAACUUGAGUUAGGCCAACCAGAAAUGAGCAACAAAUUUGAAGACCUGAAUGAAACGAGAAAUGAGAAUUGCACUGUCAGUAAAUCUGGAACUUUCUUGAAGCUUAGACGGAAGAACAAACAUGUAGAUGUCUUGACACCAAGAACUCAUAGACCAGACGUGUCACCUAGAGGAUUCAAAUCUACUCAAGGCUCUAUUAAAGGCUCUGACCACACCGUGCUGUUGAAUGAGACUGAGAUACAAAACCAGAAUAUACCAUUUGUCAAAAUAGGUUUUCCUAGUGAACAAGGGGACUAUUAUGAAUAUGUUAUAGAAAACCUAAGUGGUGAACAGAGUUCUAGUGAUUCGUUUGCCUAUCAGACAGUACACUAUGACAAUCCAUAUACAACAGACUCCCGACUUGACACAAGUACAGUGCGUAACCCUGAUGACAUAGCGGAGCGCUAUCUACGCACUUUCAGCCAAGGAAACGUAAGGAGGUACUACAUUGCGGCUGUAGAAGUUUCAUGGGACUAUGCAGCAUUUAGAAAAAGUGGAUCAGCCAGUUCAAAGUACACAAAAGUUGUUUUCAGAAGUUAUCUGGAUGAAGCUUUCACAAAACCUGAAGUUAGAGGAGAAUAUGAAGAACAUUUUGGCAUCCUAGGACCUGUAAUUAGAGCCGAGGUGGAUGAUGUCAUCCAGGUUGAGUUUAAAAAUCUGGCAUCCAGACCAUACUCUCUUCACGCCCAUGGACUUUCUUAUGAGAAAUCUUCGGAAGGUAGAAGCUAUGAUGAUGAGUCUCCAGAGUGGUUCAAAAGGGAUGAUGCAAUCAAUCCAAAGGGCAGAUAUACAUAUGUCUGGCAUGCAACCAAACGGGCAGGGCCUUCUCAAAAUCAGAGAGCAUGCAGAUUGUGGGCCUACUAUUCUGCUGUAAACCCGGAAAAAGAUAUACAUUCAGGCUUGAUUGGGCCAAUCUUGAUCUGUCAAAAAGGCAUGCUUGACAUGUACAGGAGGCCAAUAGACCUCCGGGAAUUUGUCCUGCUUUUUAUGGUCUUUGAUGAGGAGAAAAGCUGGUACUUCAAUAAACAUGCCAAAAAGAAUUGGGCUGAGAAAACCUUAGGAGUGCAAAGACACCAUACAUUUCCUGCUAUUAAUGGGAUUCCAUACCACCUGCCAGGAUUGCAGAUGUAUAAAAAUGAGGAGGUUCAUUGGCAUAUGCUGAAUAUGGGUGGGCCGAAAGAUAUUCAUGUUGUUCAUUUUCAUGGUCAGACAUUCACGGAGCAGGAAAUGAAAGAACAUCAGCUUGGAGUCUACCCUCUUUUGCCUGGUUCAUUCCGUACUGUUGAAAUGAAACCACCAAAAGCUGGAAUAUGGCUUUUAGACACAGAAGUUGGUGAUUAUCAGGAAGCAGGAAUGCAAGCCCCCUUUACUGUUAUCGAUGAAGGGUGCAAAUUACCCAUGGGUCUGGCAAGUGGCAGUAUACAAGAUUCACAAAUCAGUGCUUCUGAUUACACAUCUUAUUGGGAACCAAAGCUGGCAAGAUUAAACAACAGUGGAAAGUACAAUGCUUGGAGCACUGUGAAGAAGGAAAAUGAAGAUCCCUGGAUCCAGGUGGACCUACAGAGAGAAGUUGUAAUCACAGGCAUUCAGACCCAGGGAGCCAGGCAGUCAUUGUCAUCCUUGUAUACACAGAAAUAUGCUAUUAGUCAUAGCAGAAAUGGGAGAAGAUGGAUUCCUUAUAGAGGGAACCCCACAGGGGCACAGAAGCUUUUUGAAGGCAAUUCGGAUGCUCGUGAAAUAAAAGAAAAUCACAUUGAUCCUCCUAUCAUUACUAGGUAUAUUAGGGUGUAUCCAUUCGAGUCUUAUGGUAGGCCUACACUUCGUAUGGAGCUCUUGGGUUGUGAAAUAGAAGGCUGCUCUGAGUCACUGGGAAUGGAAAGUGGGGCUAUCCAGGAUGCACAGAUCACAGCUUCUUCCUAUAAGAAGAAUUGGUUCAGCGCAUGGGGACCGCACCUGGCCCGCCUUAAUCGAAAAGGGCGAAUGAAUGCCUGGCAAGCAAAGUCAAACAACAAGAAUCAGUGGCUACAAAUUGAUCUCCUUCAAUCUAAGAAGAUAACAGCCAUUGCAACCCAAGGUGCUCGAUCGUUGUCUACUGAAAUGUUUGUGAAAGCAUUUUCCAUCUGUUAUAGUGAAGAUGGGUCAACAUGGAAGUCUUAUUUGGAUGACUUGACUUCAAUGGACAAGGUAUUUACAGGAAACAUUAACAGCAGCAGUCAGAUCAAGCACGUCUUCAGCCCUCCUAUAUUUUCCAGGUUCAUUCGGAUCAUUCCUAAAGAUUGGAAUCAGAGCAUCUGUCUUCGGAUAGAACUGUUUGGCUGUAAUGUUAUCUAGGAAUUGAACAGAGGACAGUGCUGUCAAGAAAUUCCAUACCUUUAAGUCUGUUGCUUUCACCAGCUCUGUUUACAAGAUAAAACAAAAGAAAGCUUUUUUUAGCAAGAUUCUUUUGUAUACAUCCAAGGCACUUUCAGUUGUGGAAACAGAUCUGUAAAUAUCAAUUAAAAGACAUUUUGCAACUAUUUAAGUUCUAUGAUUAUGUAAGAGAAAUGUGUCAUUGUGCCAGGGGGGAAAGGUAUGCCUUAAUAUGUUAACACCCCAAGUUUUGUCUAUUUCUGGAUUUCCCUCCUAAAGCAAAUCACCACCUAUGCCUUUGUUGUAGUUAGCUUGCUUGUGAAGCUAUGUAAAGAUUAGUUCAACUUAUGAGAGCGGAAUAUCAACAGAUGUUCAAUCAGGGCCAUAAAUCUAUUAUCUUAUACUGUA